GCUGGAUCACAGGAAGCGCGGGAAAGGGUGUUCGAUCGCUCGGGUCUACGCUGGUCGGAACUACUCCGUUUACCUUACUGGGAUGUGACAAAAUUCUCAGUAUUGGAUGCUAUGCAUAAUCUUUUUUUAGGCGAAUUUCAGCACCAUUGCAGGCAGGUAUGGGGGAUUGAUAUUAAGGCUAGCGAGAAGAUGUCCAAAAAGGCGCAACCUCACAGCCCAGAACAACAAGCCAUCGAGCUUGAGAAAGGACGACGGGCAAUUGAAAAGCAGUCAUUCAAUGCCUUGAAACAACUGCGUAAAGGCUAUGUUGUAGCCCUUGCACUGCUCAACGAGGUCUCAGUUGAAGGCCAAUUGUUCACAAAGGCAGCAUACGCACAUGCUCUAUUGAAUUGGUAUCGUGAAAAUCCAGGCAUCGCUAUCCGCAUACUUACGGUGAUGAAGGAUUCAGCAACCGAUUUUGUUUUAAAGGGUGCAGAAGGUCCUGAUGUAUCAAAGUUCUGCAUCCUUUCAAAAGAAUGUCUCGAGAAGAUUCAAGCGGAUAUAAAAAAGACAUCCUUUCCUUCGUGGAUGGUUCGCCCUCCCCAUAAUUUUGGAAGCCCUAGCCAUGGAAAACUGAAAGCGGACCAAUGGCGCACAGUGUGUACUGUCAGCCUUGUCUUAACUCUCGUGCCAUUGUGGGGUGGUAUUUCAUCGAAAGAAAGGGAAAAGUUGCUAUUGUCUAAUUUCAUCGACCUUGUCAUAGCCGUCGAAACGUCUGUCAGGCGCUCAACAUCACCAUCACGGAUUGCCCUGUAUAGGUUUCAUAUGACUCGCUACCUCAAGACACUCCGCCAGCUCUUUUCUGACCAUCCAUUGCAGCCAAAUCACCACCUCUCACUUCACCUCGAUGAAUGCUUGCUUUUGUUUGGUCCUGUCCAUGGUUGGUGGGCUUUUCCCUUCGAGCGUUAUAAUGGGAUAAUACGGGACCUCAAUACAAAUAAUAAAUCAGGAGAAAUGGAAAAAACGUUCCUGAAGUAUUUCUGUAUAGGGGCCAAUCUUCGGGCACUUUCCUCCUCUAUCAAAUUCCCGCAGACCGAAAUAUACGAUGCAAUGAUGAAAUCCUUUCAUAGAGCGUUCAUUGAACCCACACAUGGAUCUUUGCUUAACAAUCUCCUGAGCACAGGAGCCAAUACUUCAACUUCGAUACCCAAUACAGUGCGCACUAUGGACUUGGCUGAUGAUGUUUACGAUGCCCUGAUAAGAAGGCUUAAUGCUGGGGCUACAGCAGAUCAGCCACUAUUCGUACGAUGGGAUAGCGAUGGAAAAGACUCACACUUGCUUGUUGAUUCUAGGGUUAAUUCCAUCAAGAGCGUUAAAUCUGAUGGGGUAUCUUUCUCUAUUCCAAAGAGUUCAGUCGGAAAUUCUUUUGUACUGUUCAAGCCAUACACUGCUGUAGGACAGCGCGGAAUCGUCACUGCUGGACAAAUAUGUCAGAUUUUUGUUCACUCUCGUGUUACAACUACAGGCUGCUCGGUCGAAGAAACAUUCAUCGUAGUGGAAGAAUAUGAGGGCCUGUCAACAUUAGACCAAACUAAGGACCCUUUCCUGGUGUUUGAAAAUCUAGGCGCUCGACUGUACUAUAAUCGCUUCAAGAUUCACCCGCAUGUAUUGAAGCUGAGUGAUAUAAUAUCACAUUUCAGCUGCUUAGCAUAUAUACCGGAGGGCAUUGCAGAAGAAUGCAUUGUUGCGAGGUCAUUGGACAGGUCUUGAAUUACAGUAAUUACUAGGCUACAAUCGUCCUGCGGGUGGUAUACGUUUAUUUCUUUUAUCUUUUUUGGCCUUUUUUCAUGGAUAGCAGCUACCAAUGUCUCUAUUUCAAUCUUUUGGUUAUUUGAAUGACAUUAUUUACCUUUCACAUGAGUGGAUCUCGACAUGCAUCAGCAGAUCAUGCAGUAGCUUCUACGUAGCUACCUUAUAUUUUUGUGUUUGCGUACUUCGCGUCCACUAGCAAAUUGUAUGGUAACUUCCAGGUAGCUACCCUCUUUCUUAGCCCUUUGUCUUUUUUAGCAUACAUGGACAAGCACACCGUAAGGUAGCUACCCAACAGCAGCUACCUUCGCCUUUUACAUGUCACAGAAUAAGCCCCUUUCAAUCUUUGUAUAUGAGAACAUUCGCAACAUGAAAGCCUGUUGGCUGUGGAAGGCUCGGGAAGGUUAUCGAUAAAGGCACUGUUACAACAAAAGAAAGGGUGACGUCAGACAUGUAGAAUAUCGAAAAUCGCACCUUGCUACAGCAGUGGCUGCAGGAAAAUAAAGACAGCUGUGGUGGCGGAUUCACCCAUAUUCGCACCAGCCUUUGGGGAACCGGGCUUUGAUUUGUAUAUGAUGACACUGGUGUCACACUCGACGACAGCGGUAAUCUAUGCCACAUUUUCACAUCCUUCCGCUAAUGGUCCGCGCCCGUGGAUGUACUAAGUUUUCAUAGCCAUGUUGACAGCGGCGACUGGCGUUGUAUAUUUUAACGCCCAC